AUGAAUCAACCAUGUCAACAUCUCCUCGAGUACAAUGUCAAGUCUACCGAAGUUUCAACCUAUAUCAGACCCCGUUGGCCAGCAAACCAAAAAGCACAAUUCCAUCAAUUUGCCAAACUAGCUCCUGAACUCCAAAGGAUGAUAUUCGAAGAAUCUCUCCCCGAAGGCCGCAUCAUUUCUCUUAAAGCCGUCGAAAUCCUUGUUGAAACUCCAGAUAAAUGGACUCGAGAGUGGUAUAGCACUGAGACUUUUGGUGGAAAAUACAAGAGUGCAAGGAUCGUUGUCAGUACAACUUUGCCCACACUUUUACAUGUCAAUUCUAUGGCUCGCGAAAUCGCCCAAGAGAAAUACAAACUCGAGUUCAGCCACUGUCUUCCACAUCCCGUAUACUUCAACUUUGAAAUAGACACCCUCUACAUCCAAUCCGAUCGCGCGGUUAGGCUACUCCAGGGUACUUCACAUAGGCUCAAGAGACUCCCAACCCCAUUAAGCCGUGGCCUUGAUAUUGCGAAGAUGCAAGAAAAGCUUAAGUAUCUGAUGCUUGGGGAGCCUUGUCUUUUCAAAACCACCACUGAAAUGAUUGCUCGAUUCGAAAACCUAGAGGUUUUGGAAUUAAAGGAGGGUUGUUUUCGGAAAGAGCAAAAAUUUAAGAUCUUGAAUAAUAGGUGGUAUGACAGAUGGGGUGAGGAUUUUCCCUAUGAAUGCAUAGAGUUAAGCGAUAAGGAGAUGGGUUACAAGCUUGAGGAUAUGAAGGAUGGGUACGGUGUAUACAUCAAACCUCGUCGAUCCCCUAGACUCAUGGAGCUCGAGGCUAAUAAGAAGGUUGAUAGCAACGAAGGAGAAGAUGAUGAGGCUUAG